AUGGCUCAAGUGUCCAUUCGCAUUCAACAUCUUGAUGCGUUAUGGAGAGAGUUUGAAGAAACUCAAGAUGAAAUUGAGCUUCUUGAAGAUGAAGAAGAUGAUUUCACUCAAGAGAGGCAAGAUUUUCAAGCCCUUUAUUAUGAGUUGAAGGCAUCGCUGCAGAGCAAAAUUCCUGUGCAACCACCCGUACCACCCCCUACUCCUGUAUCAACCUCGUCUGCUGUUCAAAUAUCUUCGAAUGUUCGCCUGCCGGAAAUAAAUUUGAAAGAAUUCUCUGGGAAUCUUGAUGACUGGAUUUCUUUUCGUGAUCUGUACGUUUCGCUUAUCCAUUCGAGUAUGCAACUUACGGCGGUGCAGAAAAUGCUUUACUUGCGAGCUACACUUUCUGGCGAAGCAGCUCGUAUCAUUUCAUCGCUCGAGAUUUCAGCCAACAAUUAUCUCGUAGCGUGGAAAUUAUUGAAGGAUCGUUUCGAAAACCCUAAUUUGUUAGUGAAGCGAUAUGUUUCUGGCCUUCUUACGAUUCCGUCGUUGAGAAAGGAGUCUGCGCAGGGACUUGCAGACCUUGCUGACGAAUUUGAUCGUCACGUUCAGAUGUUGGAUAAAAUUGAAAAUUCUGCGAAUCAUUGGAAUGCCUUUCUAGUUGAACGACUGAGCCAGUGUCUUGACGCCGUUUCACUCCGUGAGUGGGAGACACAGGUUUCAGAAAGUGAUAGAUACCCCAUAUAUGAAGAACUUUUGGAAUUCAUCUAUAGAAGAUCGCGAAUUGUGCAAACUCUCAAGCUCUCCCAAUCGACAAACACCCAAUCUCACGUAGAAUUGAAGACGAAGUCUCGCUUCACCGCCGCCCACGUUACUUCUGAGAAUGUUAAGAAGUGCCCUAACUGCAAACAAGCGCAUUUCUUGUUUCAGUGCGAAUCUUUCAGAAAAAUUUCACCGCAACAAAGAUUUGAAUUUGUGAAGAAGCACGGGCUUUGCAUUAACUGCCUCAAGGGCACACACCUCGCUAAGGAUUGUUCCAGCGGAUCGUGCAGAAAUUGUUCCAGAAAGCACCACUCCUUGUUGCAUUUACCACCGAUUUCUUCGUCAUCGACGCCGGUGUUACGUGCAGAAACAACCAACCCUUCAACACCUGCGUUGGUUGUACAAUCUGCUGAAACAAUCGACGUGUCGCGAUGCGCCUCAAACGCUGUCGUUUAUCCGUCGUCGGUUGAAAACGUUGCUUCACCACUCGCGAAAGCGUUCUGUACAAACGCACAAUCGUUCUCGGUCGGUGUAACCCUUUCCACUCCGCCGGUUAAUGUCUUAGUCGAUGAUGAUUCACCUCCCACUUCUUCCUGUCAAAGUGCUGAAGUGAAUGAAAUCUGUAGUCGUGGCACUGUUAUGCUGUCAACUGCGUUAAUAAAAGUUAGAGAUGCUGACAAUAAAUAUCACCUCGCCAGAGCCCUACUAGAUAGCGGCUCCCAGCCAAGCUUCAUCACCGAGUCACUCUGCCAGAAGCUUCGUCUAAAGCGCACCAAGGUCAACGCGCCGAUCAGUGGGAUCGGCCAAUCAACAGUGAACGUCCACUAUAGAGUCACGUUGUCACUCACCUCACGUUACGGAGAUCAUCACUUCAGCCUAGAUUGCCUCGUCCUGCCGGAGUUGACCAUGUCACUACCCAAUCAACACAUCAACAUUACGCGAUGGAAGAUUCCGCGUAACUUACCCCUGGCUGAUCCCAACUUCAACAUCAGUCAAGGUGUUGAUAUAAUUAUCGGAGCUGAGCUGUUUUUCUCGCUCUUAGAAAAUCAGCAAGCCUAG